AUGGAAGCUUCGUCUUUUGAGCUGUGGCUAUCGUUGAUUAGACCCACUUUAGCCCGUGACGAGAUCAAGUCGACGAAUCGAAAAGGAACCGACCCAAUAGAGCCUGAGAACAUGCUACAAAUGACACUUUCUUGGCUAGCCGGAGGCAACUACAUGACUAUUCGUGGUUUGGCUGGCAUGUCUCCCUCUGGAAUCUAUGGAUGUAUGCAUGCUGUUAUGGACGCCAUAUGCCACUGUCCUGAGCUGCGCAUUCAUUCUCCAACGGAGUCAAAGGAACGCAUCCACGACCUCGCCGAGAGCUUUACAAACAUCAGCAAAGAUGGCGUUUUGACGGGUUGUGUCGGGUGCAUUGACGGGUGGCUGUGCCAUAUUCGCGCCCCAAGCACCAACGAGGUUCCAGAUGUAGCUGCUUUCUUCUCGGGCCAUUAUCAGAAGUUCGGAGUCAAUGUUCAAGCCAUUUGUGACGCGUUCUCCCGCUUCACAGGCUAUUGCAUGAAUUCCCCGGGGAAGGUCGAUGGUUCAAUUGCGUACAAGAAGUGGUCGCUCAGCAUGGAGAUCAUGCAGCUUCCAGUUUGUUUUGUUUAG